AUGCCGGAUCCGAAGAAUAAGGAACAAGCCCGGUCCUUUGUUGGGCUGAUUACAUACUAUGGUCGGUUUUUCCCAAACCUUAGUACGAUUUUGUAUCCGCUCAAUAACUUGUUGAAAGAUGACGUGUCCUUUGUCUGGAGUAAGGAGUGUGAGAAGUCGUUCUUGUGCGUCAAGAAGGAAAUGCAGAGUGACAGGUUCUUAGUUCACUAUGAUCCGUCGCUUCCGGUGGUUCUGGCUACCGAUGCGUCCCCAUAUGGUAUCGGGGCGGUCCUCAGCCAUCAGUACCCUGAUGGAACUAAGCGACCUUUGCAGUACGCCUCACAGACUCUUACCCGUACGCAGCAAAAAUAUUCGCAGAUUGACAAGGAAGCUUAUUCGAUCAUUUUCGGUGUUCGCAAGUUUCACCAAUGCCUCUACGGUCGCAGGUUUACCCUUGUCACGGAUAACAAGCCCAUUAGUCAGAUUUUCUCAGAAUCCAAAGGACUCCCAACUAUGUCCGCAAUGCGCAUGCAGCACUAUGCGGCAUUUCUACAGGCUUUCGACUAUAGGAUUUGCCAUCGCCGGUCAUCCGAUCAUUUCAACGCCGAUGCCAUGUCCCGAUUACCGACACCUCACACCGACCCCGAGUCGGAGAUUGAAGAGCCAGAUGCGGUUGAGGUGAAUGCAAUUCAGACGCUUCCGCUCACGGUUGAUGAGUUAGGUUCAGCUACCCUUUCUGAUGACAGUGUUCGUGAAAUCAAGUCGCUUGCACGUAGCUACUGCUGGUGGGAAGGCAUAGACAAAGACAUCGAGAGUCUUGUUAAGGAUUGUGCCUCGUGUCAGGCUGCUAAGGCUAACCUACCGAAAGUUUCGUUCCAUUGCUGGGAUACACCCUCCGAACCGUUUCAACGGGUUCAUGCGGACUAUGCCGGUCCGUUCAUGGGUUUCUACUACCUGAUUCUGAUAGAUGCGUAUUCUAAGUGGCCCGCGGUUUAUGUGGUCAAGAACAUGACUACCGAAACCACGAUUCGUUUUUGCAGGGAGUUUUUCAGUACUUACGGUCUACCUUCUGUUUUUGUAAGUGACAAUGGACCUCAGUUCACCUCCGCAGACUUCGCCAACUUUCUGAAAAUGAAUGGUAUUGUGCACAAACUCAGCUCACCGUACCACCCUGCCACAAAUGGCCAGGCAGAGUGGUUCAUACAGACGAUGAAGUCUAAGCUCAAAUCUUUGAACUGCAACCGUUCUGAAGUGCACGGCGAAAUCUGUAGUAUUCUCCUAUCGUAUCGAAAAAUGAUUCACCCUGCCACUGGAUACUCCCCCGCGAUGAUAGUUUUUGGACGCCAGAUCCGGUCUAGGCUUGAUCUUAUGAUUCCGUCAAAGGAUCCGAACCGGAGCGAAGUUCAGUCUGAAGGGAAUUGCAAAAGGGUUCUAAGAUAG